AUGUCGACCCCAUCCGGCCCUGCACGGUGGUGCGCGGUGCUCGACGCCUCGAAGGGUCAAUAUGCUGCGGAGCAAGUGCCGGCAUUACUACAGCCGGUCGCCCCUAUUACGCUUCGCGCUCGCAUCCAACGUUCGCCGAAUGACACUACGACCCCAACGGACAACUCGUUCUGGGCCGAGGUGAUCGGCCCCUGCCCUGCGGAUGAGCUGAUCUGGCAACUUUGCUAUCAGCUAGGGGAGGACCCGACGGAUCCUGCCUGGCGAGCGCAUCUCUCGCAGGAUUUCCCUAACGCAACGGAACGCUUCUUUACGGCCCUUGAGGCACGUCAUACGCCAGCGAUGCCCCCCGGGAUCGUUCCCUAG